UUCUUCACGUUUUUUUGGUCUUCUCGCCUGCUCUUCUUUUACCGUAUCUGACCCACACACUCGAAAUCAUCUUUAGACAGUCACACAGGCACAACAUUUUGCAGAUCAAUGGCUUCUGGCACCAGGUGAUGUUGACACUGUUGCCCUCUGGUCUCUGGAGGCGUGGGCUUUUUCAAAGGCAUACAGUCAACUGAAACAUCUCUGCCCGUCACAGCAAGUUACAGCCGGGUUUGUUGGACACAGGUGGUAUAGUUUUAGAUCAAGCCUAACUGAAGGAUGGGCUCAUUGAGGGUGCUAGCUUGUGGUCUGCUACUGGGGUUGAACUUGACGCUGAUGGUCUUGGAGACUGAUGGACAAGAAAACGGAAUGAAAAAGGUGAAAAAGCAGGUGUCGGGCCAUGGCCUUGUCAACCUUGCCCACCAACAGAGAGGAACCUGGAGGCCUCUGAUGCAGACUAAAGCCGACCUCUCAGCGAUCAGAAGUAUCAAGUCUGUGUUUGAGUUACGAACUUUGGAUCCGGAGGGGGCAGUUUUUUAUGGGGACACCAACGCAGGAGAGGACUGGUUUGUCUUCUCUCUGAGGAACGGCAUCCCUGAGAUGCAGAUUGCCAAAGCAGACAUCCUUGUUAGUGCGAUAGGCGGGCCUAAACUGAACGACGGCCAAUGGCAUCAGCUGGGCCUGAGAAAUGAGGGGAAGUUUGUGAUUCUGGACGUGGAUGGGAAGCAGGCUCUGGUGGUGGGGCUGGAGUCCAACAAGACGGAGGAGCUUAUGACGGGACAGAUACGCCUGGCCCUCGGAGGGAUCCUGGUCGAUGAGAAGAAGCUGGUCAAUCCGUUUGUGGCAGAGAUGGACGGCUGUGUGCGAGAGGGCAACUGGCUAAACCUUACCUCACCAUGGGAGACCGAGGAGGUUGGAGACCUCAUGCCUUGCUUUGAUGCCAUCAAACCAGGGGCCUUCUUCUCUGGGGCUGGUCUCUCUGUCUUCAGAACCUCCGAAAUCCCCAUUGGGUCAGAGGAAAAAGGGAUUAAGAUUGACAUCUGGGUAGAGUCAUCGAAUGAAAUGGAGGGAGCCAUUCUUAACCUCCGUAAUGAUGAGCAGGGGUCCAUUCUUUCAGCAAGAGCCAACAACAUAACCAAGGAACUCACACUCACCCUGGGCAAAUCUUCAACCGUUUUGAAAUUGGGCUUCAGCAAACUAUCCAUUACCAUGCUGAAGGACACAGUAAAAGUGGCCCUUGAUGAUACUCCAUUUGACGUCACAGAAAAUGACAAGUCACCAGACUAUUUGGCCAGCUGGAAAGCGGGUAUAUUCCUUAGUUUUGGGGGAAUUCCAGAUGAAGGGGAUAAUUUUCAUGGCUCCCAGUACCUCCAUGGCUGUAUAGAAAAGAUCCAAAUUCAAGGGAAGGAUGUUGAUUUGGACAUAGCCACGUACAAGCACAUCUCUAUCUCCUCCCAUAGCUGUCCUGCAUGAACCCAGUGCAAAUGUGGAUCGCUAAUAGCUUUGGUGCAUCUCUGCUCCUGCUAUCCCACUACUUGGUGAUAUAGGCCAGGGAUGGAUAGAGAUACAACCAGGUACACUUGUCUUUGUUGAGUCAAGAUGUCUAAGCUUCGUAAACGUUUAAUCUCCCUUGUCAAUAAAGGUUUGAUAUGCAUGUUGAAUAAAGUCUUGUUUGCAUGUACAACCAAUUUGAGAUUUUGCCUUUAUUGGAAUUGACUAUACACCAAUGAUUAUUACAUUUAUAUUUUGAUGUUAUAAUCCCAUCAGAGUCUAUAAAUCUUGUUGAUUGUCAAAACUGCGCAUGGAUGUUAAUAAGAAGUUACGCUGUCAUUGCUCUGUUCUAGGUUAAUGCAUUGCAAAUAUAACGUAUUGGUUGCACCAAUUGAAAUAAAUAAAUACAAUUGA